AGAAGGCUACAGCGAGGACAGAGAUAGGAGGAGGAGGAGGAGGAGAGCAACGCGGUUACUCCGUUCAGUGAGCUCAUCAGCUGCGAUCAUCAGUGAAGACGAAACAAGUCUGGAGACCCCCCAAAUGCGUGAUUUGACGGGAAAAUAAACUCUCAAUAACGUCCAGCUGACUGUGAGUGGGGUUGCGCGUUUCGGAUCUCUGUGAAACAGCAUCUGAAGGCAGGCGGGCAGGAGGAUCGGCGCGGAGGGACCGCGCGGAGAAACGUGGCUCACAGGCGAGCGACAGAAAGCCGCUUGUUCUGAAAAAGAAACAAAAGGAGCAGAAUUUGAUCUCGCCGGAUGGAUGAGGACUUGUUCCCGACACCACGGACCGCGGCUGGGCUGUGAACUAAACAAUAGGUGUUGUUUUAAAGUUGUCACGGGAGGGAUAACAGUCGCAUCCUGCAGACUAGAGGAUCCGCAUCUUAAUCGUCCGUAUUUUUCUACAUGGGAUACGCGAGGAUUUGUGGACAAAGUAGACACCGGUUCAUACUUUUUCACUGCUUAGAAACGACCGCAAAAUCCGUUUUUUGCAGCUGAAACUGAAUUUUUUUCUUCUAAUAUGAUUUUAUUUCUUCUUUGCGAUGUGGUUCAAAUGAGCGAGAGAGCGGAUUUAAAUGACUGGGGCAAGUUGUGAUUUUUUUUCUUUUUAAACGUCAACACAGGACGCUGUUAGCUUUAAAACACACACAGUUACAGCAAAACCAAAGACAUCAAUGUGCUUAAGGAUCCAAGAGACCUGGCGAGAAAAUACCUCAUAAUUUAUUGUACCUGGCAAGUCAAAGCCACUUUUGACCUCCCAAAGGAAAGGAAAGUCUGUGUGUGAUAGACUGUGUCUUUCUCCCGAUAUCUUCCCUCUCAAUAUUUAAUAAACAAAAAGAACAGGAAUACCUGAACCGAAUAUUCCCGCACGAUCUAGCCACAGCUUUAUUUUUUUUAAUUUAUUUUUUUCAUAUAAUGAGGAGUGAGACGAUACUAAACCUGAUUUGAAAGCUAUCUGGAGUGGAUGAUCACCGCUACGAUUACCUCAGCUUGACCUCGACCUUCACCAAGUAGCAGAGUGCAGAAGGUUGGAACAAUGCCAGAUUCACCUGCGGAUGUGAAAACCCAGCCCAGGUCCACCCCACCCACCAUGCCUCCUCCACCCCCGGCUGUCAGCCAAGCAACCAAUCGCAAUGCUUCAUUCACACCGGCUACCAGUAAAUCAAUGCUGAACGGGAGCAGCCACUCUCCUACGUCGCUUAACGGUGCCCCGUCCACUCCCAAUGGCUUCAGCAACGGGCCGGCAAUGUCGUCGACGGCCUCGCUUUCCAACCAGCAGCUCCCGCCAGCGUGUGGGGCCCGUCAACUGUGCAAACUGAAGCGCUUCCUGACCACGCUGCAGCAGUUUGGCAACGACAUAUCGCCCGAGAUCGGGGAGAGAGUGCGCAGCCUUGUGCUGGGACUGGUGAAUUCCACUCUCACCAUUGAAGAGUUUCACUCCAAACUUCACGAGGCCACCAACUUCCCGCUGAGGCCGUUCGUCAUUCCCUUCCUCAAGGCAAACCUGCCCCUGCUGCAGAGAGAAUUGCUCCACUGUGCCCGGUUGGCAAAGCAGACUCCAGCUCAGUACCUGGCCCAGCACGAGCAGCUUCUCCUGGACGCCAAUGCUAGUUCGCCCCUCGACUCCUCUGAGAUCAUGCUGGAGAUGAAUGAUCACGGCAAGAGAAGGACACCCGACAGGACCAAAGACAGCUCAGAGAGAGACGGGUUGCACCCGGAGCACAUGGCUAAGAGGCCGUGCACCAUCAGCCCCAGUCAACGCUUCAGUCCCAGCACGGGACUUCCUGCUCACCCGCCACCCAACGGCCUCCCCACACACCCUCCCAACGGCCUGCCCCACCCACCCAACCCUCAAGUGGGACCUCAACACUAUCGCUUAGAAGACAUGGCCCUGGCCCACCAAUACAGAGACGCUUACAGGCACAAUGAACACCGCGACGCCAGGGACAGGCUGCGGCAGACAGUACAUGGAGCGCGCCAAGAGGAGGUGAUUGACCAUCGUCUUACAGAUCGAGAGUGGGCAGAGGAAUGGAAGCACCUGGAUAAUCUUCUCAACUGCAUCAUGGACAUGGUGGAGAAGACGCGCCGCUCUCUGACGGUGCUGCGCCGCUGCCAGGAGGCUGACAGGGAGGAGAUGAAUCACUGGAUUCGGCGCUACAGCGACGUGGAGGAGAUGAAAAAAGGUGGGAGCAACGGACAGCACUGCCUUCCUCCUCCUCUUCCUCCUCCUACUCCUCACCACAACUCCUCCUCCAACACAGCUAGCAGCAGCGAGUCACUGCCCAUAGGAACUUCCUCGGCUGCCGAAAGGCAGACGGGCAGACAGCCAGAGAUCCACAGAGACUUCCUACACAGGCCUCCCUCGGGAUAUCUGCCAGAAGAAAUCUGGAGAAAAGCUGGUACUACAAGCAUCCCGCUCUCACCGGCAAUAAAGCACCUCCAAAACAGGCAGGAGGAGGCAGUUAACGAAGUUAAGCGACAAGCUAUGUCGGAGCUUCAGAAGGCCGUGUCGGACGCUGAGAGGAAAGCCCAUGAGAUGAUUUCGGCCGAACGCUCCAAAAUGGAGAGGGCGCUGGCCGAAGCCAAGAGGCAAGCCUCUGAGGACGCACUAACAGUAAUCAACCAGCAGGAGGACUCAAGUGAAAGCUGCUGGAAUUGCGGGAGGAAAGCCAGUGAGACGUGCAGCGGCUGCAACACGGCUCGCUACUGCGGCUCCUUCUGCCAACACAAAGACUGGGAGAAGCACCACCAUGUCUGUGGUCAAGGUCUGCAGGGGAUGCCAGGGGGCAGCAGCGUCCCUCUAGGCACCCCCUCCUCCACUUCAGCGUCCUCCAGUGCGCCCCCCACCCACUCGGAGAGCACUCCUCCAGGAGCCUUGUCCUUGGCAGGCCAGAUGAGCAUGGCGGGAGGGGCUGGCAGCGGCAGUGGAAGUGUCUCUGCCAGCCCCAAGGAGAGCAGCUCCAGCAGUGUGUCUCGCUCCACAACUCCAGCCACCCCCGCCCUACUGGACGCCACCUCCCGUUGACGUCGGACAUUUGUCCCUUCCCCGCAUACUGAUGCGACGGUGCCCACACUCAAAACCAAACUGAGGAAUCUUCAUUGCACAGUGCUCCCUUUCCUUCUCCCCUUAUUCAGUCCCCUCUUAUCCUAAGCUCUACACACUACCUGAUGGUAGACUGACUGAACUGGUCAACUUCCCCGAAGAUCAUUUUACUGUCUUUGUCUCAUUUACAACCACAGCCACAAAUACAAAGAUCCAAAUAUCCAGCCCAGGCGUUCGUUGGAUGAAAAGUGUCUCCUAUCUCUGUGUUCAGUCACAGAAACAUAUCACAUGAGUUUUGACUUGAAGAUGUGGUUGUGAUGUAUCCUCAGUAGUUUGAGCACGUUAAACAUACUGUCUGCAUGAGGACACAAGACAAGGGCUGUGGUAGGCAGCAGUCAUGGGGAGGAGGACUAGUCUGAUUAGCACUUGUUUUAGAUUUCCCUUUAAUUUAGCACCAAUGAGAGUGCAGUACUCAGACCUUGAUGUGCACUACCUGUGCAUACAGUUCACUAAUGUGGCACUUAUUGUACAGUGUCUCAAUGGAGACAGGCAAGGACAAAAUACCUUUUUUCAAAUGGAUGAGAGAAAGGGAGAAACCUGUGAUGCGAUUAAUUCCUCACAAACACAGCUUAGUAUUUAUUAAAUGUUUCUUUCUGGCUUUAAGCGAAAAAUACAGAUUAGUCCAAAUAUUCUAAAUAAGGAAUAGAAGUGAUGCUGAUGAUGAUAAAAACAAAAAUAGUGAUAUGAAAAUGAAUUCAGUUUAAACUGCUAACUACCUUGCUAGCGAGCCAAGAAAAUCUACACCGGACUCACCUCUCUGCACCAUCGUGAACCCAAAUGAAUUCAAAGAUGAAUGAAAAAUAACAUGAUCCAAACCUUUGUAUUACACUGCCAAAGUGAGUAAGUAAGCGACAAGGAGAAGCACUCAUCCUAUAACCAAACGCAAAGCAACAUCACCUCCUCAGCAGAUAAGCCAACUCUGAGAAGACCAGGCUGCAGAGAAGCUGCAGAAUGGGAACCAGAGGUAGUCAGACGCUUAUAAAGCAACCCGUAACCUGCUUUGAUUCUGCCUAGUUUGGACAAAACUACAGCGAUUCCUCAGUGAUGGCCCAGACUAGUGAAUAAGGACAAUGCUGUGAACUUGCCUACAAGAAGGACUUCAUGAAAUGGAUGGAAACCCUGCCACAGUGUGAUUUUUUCUUUUGUGAACGGUACCAGAGAGGAACGUGAAAGCUGCACAGCCUCAAAGGAGAUGAACAGACAUAAAUGGCAAAGGAGCUGCCAAAAACCUCAAAACAAGCGUGAAAACCUUGUCGAAGAAGGCAUUGCAUACAAGGACUUAUGAGAAGAUAGUUUGUAAGUCUUUUUUUUUUUUUUUUUUAGCUCCGCAACAAGGACAUAAUUCAAGGAAUUGGUGUUACCUUUACAUUGACUCCCUUCUUUUCCAAAGCAUGAUAAACAGAUAAAAAAAAGAGCCUGGUGAAGGGCGGUGUAGACGUGGUUCUCCUCUCUCUUUCUACCUCCCCUCACCCCACACCUCCCUUCUUUACUGCUCCCACCCAACAACUUGACUGAAGUCAGCCCCCGACCCCCAACCUGCCUCGGACAGAGCCGCGGAGCAGUUUUGUGGGAAGGGUUCGGAGCCUGCUUGUAGAUAUUGUUCCUCUUUCAAAUUUCAAUAAUGUCUCUUGCCGCUGAUGUCCACAUGUGCUGCCCUUGUGUAUAUUCAGAAAGAUGGACUUUAGUUUGCUUCCGUUUCGUUUCAUUUUCCUCACAUAUGUUCGGGCUGAGCAGUGAGGUCAAACCAAGAAGGACACUCGCUUAUGAGAGGAAGCCCGGCAUUGUACUUAUUGUUUGAUUUGUUGUAUCUAUAUUGAUGAGAUGAAAACCCUCUUGUAGAAUAUUUUGUAUUGCUCGCAUUGUAAGACAGUGAGAGGACAGAGGUGCAAUAUGAAGAGAAUUCAGCUACUGAAUGGAACCUCAGCAACUGCCCAUAGCGUAUCAUAUAAUAUAGAUACAUAUAAAUAUAUUUAAAGUAACAUCAGUAACUUAAUGUGAAUGUACAUAGUAUUUAAAGAGGUCCAAAAAUGUGUUUGCCAAAUAACAGAAACCGUUAAAGUAAAAACAUUUCACAGUACAUUUAUUUCUUAAAUUUUUCAAUCUUUUUUUUUUCCUCCCCCACUAGUUUAUCGAUUUCAAUUUUUACUCAAAGCAAUGUGUCCCUGAGCGUAACAGAGGUAAGGUGGCUUCAUACAGUGCAAGUUAUGGUAAAUGGAGGAUAACAGAUCGAAGGUGGAUGGACACUGCAUGAUACAUUCAUUAUUAAUUCAUUCAUUCUGCCUUCAUUUACAGUAUUUUAAAAUCCACAUUACAACAAUUAUGGUUAUGUUUCACUAUCUUCUUAAUUUAUAUUUAAUAGUGCAAUUGAAACUCAAAAGGUGUGUCAUGUGCUUCAUUCACCCCCAGUCUGUUUUCAUCCUGCAGCAAGGGACUCAACAGUGUAUAACAACAAGAAAUCCCAAAUAUAUUCAAAUGUUUGAUCACAAAAAAAAAGGAAAUGGUCAUGGCUCGGUUUCAAAUUGAUCUCAUUCACAACAUAUCUAAGAAUUGUAUCAUUUCAAUUGUUCUGUUUCUGCCACUGAAGUAAUCCCCUCCGUGUGUGUGUGUGUGUGUGUGUGUGUGCGUGUGUGUGUGUUAAAUUGUCUCCCGAGGUACAGGGCAAGCUAUUCCUAUACGAUUAAGUGACAUGCCAGCGAUAAGCUGAAGUAAACCUAAAAGCUCAUUUUGUUACCCAAUCUUUGCAAUGUUGCUUUAGAACAGGUUGCUGUUUGUUUGUAAAGAUGCAGGUUGAGCGUAAGCUAAAGAUCUCUGCAGUCUCUAGGCCUUUACUUAAAGCAACAGAGGGCCUGUAGCAGCCAUGCUCACACAAAUGUAAUGUUGAUUAUUGUUAACGCGACGCAACAUAGUGAAAAUGAAGAAUUUUUAUAGUCAGAUGCAUGAGGUCAUCAUGUUAUUUGGACUAUUUGAGACACAUAAUUCAAACGGGAUAAGCUCCGAGGCUCCCCUGUGACCUUUAUGUAUGUAUGUUAUGAUCGUUGUGAUAUGGUGUUGACCUCAGCCUUUUUGUGUUAUUUCCUCUUUCCCCCCCCCCAAUGUCUAGCUCCUCCAUUGCUACCCCAGACCAUUGUUCCCACUAGCUACUUCCUGUGACCAUACAGCUAAUCACCAGGAGGGGUUCACCUGGACUUUGAAACGCUAGCAGACAUGGUGGUGCACAUUCAAACCUAAUUGCAUGAUUCUACCUGAAAAUUAUAAUAACUAAAUUGUUGAAAGGAAUUGCCAUUGCGCAUGAUGUUGGAAAGUAUCUAUUCACACCAGACCUCAGCUGCUUGAUCACAUCCCACAAACCAAACCAAUACCGCCGGAAUUCCAUAGCAGGUAAACAAACUUUACAGUCAAACUUGCAUACUACCAAACUCCACACAGAAUCAACCAUGGCAUGCCAAAACCAAUAAAAGCACAGACCAAAGUACUGCCAUAAUAGGCUUUGACACUGUGUGUAUUGACAGACGGGAAAUAAUAAGGUUAUAGCUUCAAUACACCAGUUAACCAAAGUGUCUAAAAUACACACAAUCAGGGCACAGGAGUGAAGAGCAUGUUUAAUGUAUUUGCUGAGUCUCCUCAAAUAUGUAGAAUUUUCAUUCAAGCAAUCAAAGCGCUUGUUGUCUACAUAUUAAAUACUGCUUCUGUAAAAAUAAUAGAAGCACCAUCGUUACAAAAGACUCCUGAUUGCCUGUUCUUACAGUUACAAAGCCUUUCAGAGUAAAAAAAUGAAUGCAUGGUGGGUGGGUGUUUUUGUGCGCGUUACUGGUGGUGUGUGUGCUUUUGUUAAAAAAAAGGACAAAAAUUGAAAAAAAAUCUUACUUUUUUCUUCUUGUCUCUGUACAAACUACUUGAAACUUUCAGAGCUUUAAUGAAACAUACAGAUACAUACAGACUGUAAUGGCAGAUUGAUUCACAGUAUGUAGCAACAGCUUUAUGCAGAAAAAUUUGCGCACACUAUCCGCAUCAAACAACAAUGUGAUGACAGUUCCAUUCAACUCUUUAAUGCUUUGCGUGUGUUUCCUUGUCUGCAAGUAAGCCCUCAGAUAAACUAUAACAAAGCCAAACCCAUUAGACCACUUAGAAAUGACCAAAAUACAACCAAAAGCCACAACGUUCACUUCAGAUUUGUCUUUGGUUAAGGUUUUUGUGCCAUGUCCCGGCAUUGGAGAACUGCAACAUGGUGCAAUGCGUGGGAAGUGAGGCCGUACAGGACAGACCCAGUUCUCCCUCACUGGUAUUUUGUGUCAUUGGACAGGACACAAAAUACCAUGUUCUGUUACGCUGGGCGCGAGCUUCCAUGAGUCCCGAAACUAAUGUUCUUUGUCCCCAGCUGUCAUUUACUUUUCUCUUUGAAGAUAUCGGAUGGCAAACGCAUAAGGGCUCUGCUGUUGUGAAUAUCAUCCACGGUGUCUCUCCGAACACUUUACAUCAAACACUUUUCUGUUUGUUUAACGAUGUACAUGAUAUGGGCAAGACGCAUGUUUAGAAAAGGCAAAUAUUAGCAGGAUGGCAUUUGUCUCUCCCGACCCCAACCAGUAACUCUACCAAUGAAAUGUCAAGGCUCAUCCGAUGUGACGGAGACACGUCCUUUCUGUCAAACAGGCACUGAUAAACAGCUACGGCAGAAAGCUACAGUGGCAAACAGUGGAUACAGCACUUGUUUUCCCCAAAGCCAUGGCUCAGGAUGGCCGGUUUUUACAUCAAUUUAAAAAAAGGAUUAUGUUUUUUGUAUGAGUAGGGAAGCUUUCUAUACUGUAUUGUGCAAUACAUUAUUACAGAAAAACAUGUUUCUUUUGGAAAGGUUGGCGCUUUGAAGAUCUUUCCCCUUUUGUUUUUUUUCCCCUCUUUACGAAGGUCCUGUUGCCGUUUUUAGAUGAAGUUAACUGUGCCAGAAGAAUUAAAUUCUGAUUCGUAUUUAUUUCUUGCAUGCUUUCCUCCCUGUUGCUAAUACCGCUCUUUAACUGUUCGCUCUGUUGGAUGUGUGAAGCUGUAAAACAUUCUAAUUCAGGUUAUUGUCUGUGUUGAACAAUGUAACUGUGUAAUUAAAACAUGAAAUGAAGUAUU